AGGAGCGAAGGAGGAAGGAGAGAGAGGGAGGAGGAGGGGAAACGGAGCAGCAGCUCGGGAAUAGAGAGCGCGCCCGGGAGCAGCAGCAGCAGCAGCAGCCACCGCCGCAGGAAGAAGAAAAGAAGAACAGAGCGUAACGGAGCAGAGCGGAGGAAAGGUGGCGCUGGCAGGAGGAGGCAGGCGGAGAUCUAGCUCUUCUGGAUGCUGGAUUUUCGGACUCUAGUUGAUUCUCUUUCUGCUCGGCGCCGGACUCUGACAGACACGCACCAGUACCAGCAAGCAGUAGCGGGGAGCUCAGCUUGUAGCUGCUGAUGCUGCUAUUAGUACAGCUACUGCUGCCGGGCUUGGAUUAAAUUGGCCGCCCCGGAGACGAGCGGGAGCAGUAGGAGGAGGUGGCGGCAGCGGCGGGAAGCGGCAGCGGGCGCGCAGGCGGCGGCGGCUUUGCUGCUGGGAUCGCGGAAACCAGGAUGACCAGGCUCUGAAAAUACUUCAUCUGGAAUUUCAGACUGGACAGACUCGCAGUGGCUUCUAAGCCAGUGAGAACAAGGCUGCCAAAGCAUGCUGGUGCCAAGCUGUCGGAUGAUGCACAUAUUCAGGCCAGUGGUGGUGCUCCUGUGCUUGCUGCUCUAUACUGAUGCUGAAACACCACCAAAGUUUACAAGAACUCCCGUUGACCAGACAGGGGUUUCAGGAGGAGUCGCUUCAUUCAUCUGCCAAGCUACAGGAGAUCCAAGACCUAAAAUUGUCUGGAACAAAAAGGGGAAAAAAGUCAGCAAUCAGAGAUUUGAGGUAAUAGAGUUCGAUGAUGGAUCUGGAUCAGUUCUCAGAAUACAACCGCUGCGUACUCCACGAGAUGAAGCUAUUUAUGAGUGUGUGGCUUCCAACAGUGUUGGUGAAAUAAGUGUGUCCACAAGACUCACAGUUUUACGUGAGGAUCAGAUUCCCCGAGGUUUCCCUACAAUUGAUAUGGGCCCACAGCUGAAGGUGGUUGAACGAACUCGUACAGCUACCAUGCUAUGUGCAGCCAGUGGCAAUCCUGAUCCUGAAAUAACAUGGUUCAAAGAUUUCUUACCUGUUGACACAAGCAACAACAAUGGUCGCAUCAAGCAAUUACGCUCAGAAUCUAUUGGUGGUACACCAAUAAGAGGUGCCCUCCAAAUUGAACUGAGUGAAGAAUCUGACCAAGGCAAAUAUGAGUGUGUUGCAACCAACAGUGCGGGUACACGGUAUUCUGCCCCUGCUAAUCUAUAUGUCAGAGAGCUGCGAGAAGUUCGACGGGUGCCACCGAGGUUCUCUAUCCCCCCUACCAAUCAUGAGAUCAUGCCUGGCGGGAGUGUAAAUAUCACAUGUGUUGCUGUGGGGUCACCAAUGCCAUAUGUGAAGUGGAUGCUAGGAGCAGAAGAUUUGACACCUGAGGAUGAUAUGCCAAUAGGGAGGAAUGUCCUUGAGCUUAAUGACGUCAGGCAGUCUGCAAACUAUACUUGUGUUGCUAUGUCUACCCUUGGUGUAAUAGAAGCAAUAGCACAGAUAACUGUCAAAGCCUUACCCAAACCUCCUGGAACACCUGUGGUGACAGAAAGCACGGCAACAAGCAUAACAUUAACUUGGGACUCUGGAAACCCUGAGCCAGUUUCUUACUACAUAAUCCAACACAAACCCAAAAACUCUGAGGAGCCAUAUAAAGAAAUUGAUGGGGUGGCUACAACGCGCUAUAGUGUGGCUGGCCUCAGCCCCUAUUCAGAAUAUGAAUUUCGAGUAGUUGCUGUAAAUAACAUUGGACGAGGACCACCCAGUGAGCCUGUGUCAACAAGGACUUCAGAGCAAGCACCUUCAAGUGCACCACGCAAUGUGCAGGCUCGUAUGUUGAGCUCUACCACCAUUUUGGUACAGUGGGAAGAACCUGAAGAACCUAAUGGACAAAUACAAGGCUACAGAGUUUAUUAUACUAUGGACCCCACUCAACAUGUCAACAGUUGGAUGAAACAUAAUGUAGCUGACAGCCAUAUUACCACCAUUGGGAAUCUGGUACCCCAGAAAACAUACUCUGUGAAGGUUCUUGCUUUCACUUCUGUUGGGGAUGGACCACUUUCUAGUGACAUUCAAGUCAUCACUCAAACAGGAGUACCUGGUCAACCACUGAACUUUAAAGCAGAACCUGAGUCUGAAACGAGCAUAUUGCUUUCCUGGACACCUCCACGCUCUGAUACAAUUUCCAGCUAUGAACUAGUUUAUAAAGAUGGGGAGCAUGGGGAGGAGCAACGGGUUUCCACUGAACCUGCUACAUCUUACCGCCUGCAAGGCUUAAGGCCAAACAGUUUGUACUUAUUCCGUCUAGCUGCACGUUCUCCCCAAGGCCUGGGUGCUUCAACAGCAGAAAUCUCAGCAAGAACUAUGCAGUCAAAGCCAUCAGCUCCUCCUCAAGACAUUAGUUGCACAAGCCCCAGCUCCACUAGCAUUUUGGUAAGUUGGAAACCUCCACCAGUGGAAAACCAGAACGGCAUUAUCACUGAAUACUCCAUCAAGUACAUAGGGAUUGAUGGAGAAGAUGUCAAGCCCCAUGAAAUUUUGGGAAUUUCCUCGGACAGUACGCAAUACCUUUUGGAACAACUGGAAAAAUGGACUGAGUACCGGAUCUCUGUGACUGCCCACACAGAUGUUGGACCUGGCCCAGAGAGCUUAGCAGUAUUGAUUCGGACAGAUGAAGAUGUUCCUAGUGGUCCUCCUCGUAAAGUUGAGGUAGAGGCUGUCAACUCUACUGCUGUCAAAGUGUCAUGGCGCUCACCUGUACCAAAUAAGCAGCAUGGUCAGAUCCGAGGAUACCAGGUUCACUAUGUGAGGAUGGAAGACGGAGAGCCAAAGGGUCAGCCCAUGCUGAAGGACAUCAUGCUGGCAGAUGCACAGUGGGAAUAUGAUGAUACUACUGAACAUGAAAUGAUUAUUUCUGGGCUGCAGCCUGAAACUACAUACUCCUUCACUGUGACAGCCUACACAACAAAAGGUGAUGGAGCACGCAGCAAGCCCAAACUAAUAUCUACCACUGGUGCAGUUCCAGGCAAACCUCGACUUGUGAUUAGCCACACACAGAUGAACACAGCUCUAAUUCAGUGGCACCCUCCCGUGGAUACUUUUGGACCGCUGCAGGGCUAUCGCCUGAAGUUUGGUCGCAAAGAUGUGGAAACAUUAACGAUCAUGGAGUUCUCAGAGAAGGAAGAUCACUUCACGGCCACAGACAUUCACAAAGGAGCUUCUUAUGUCUUCAGGCUCUCAGCUAGAAAUAAAGUGGGCUUUGGGGAGGAGAUGGUUAAAGAGAUUUCUGUUCCCGAAGAGGUACCCAGUGGAUUUCCUCAAAAUCUCCACUCAGAAAGCUCGACUUCUACAUCAGUUCAAUUAACUUGGCAGAUGCCACUCUUGGCAGAGAGAAAUGGCAUUAUCACCAAAUAUACCAUCUUAUACAGAGAUAUCAAUGUUGCUUACCAGCCAGUUGAACUCCCUGUUGUUCCUGCUGAUACAACUGUGACACUUUCUGGCUUAAAACCAGAUACCACAUAUGAUGUAAAAGUACGUGCCCAUACAAGCAAAGGGCCUGGUCCAUAUAGUCCAAGUGUCCAGUUCAGGACACUACCCGUGGAUCAAGCAGUGUUUGCAAAAAAUUUUCAUGUUAAAGCAGUAAUGAAGACUUCUGUUUUGCUGUCCUGGGAAAUUCCAGAAAAUUACAAUUCAGCCUUGCCUUUUAAAAUCCUCUAUGAUGAUGGGAAGAUGGUGGUGGAAGUAGAUGGACGUGCUACUCAAAAGCUGAUCACUAACUUGAAGCCUGAGACAUCAUAUUCAUUUGUGCUGACUAACAGAGGGAAUAGUGCUGGGGGUCUUCAGCACAGAGUAACAGCAAAGACUGCACCUGAUGUGCUUCGCACCAAGCCAGUGUUCAUUGGAAAGACCAACUUAGAUGGCAUGAUAACUGUGGAACUUCCAGAAGUACCUUCAAAUGAGAAUAUCAAAGGUUAUUAUAUAGUUAUUGUCCCUUUGAAGAGGUCUCGUGGGAAGUUUAUCAAACCAUGGGAGAGUCCAGAUGAAAUGGAACUAGAUGAGCUGCUUAAGGAGAUAGCUAGGAAACGAAGAAGCAUUCGUCUUGGGAGGGAAGUUGAAUUAAAGCCAUAUAUUGCAGCUCACUUUGAAGUUCUUCCUACGGAGUUCACAUUGGGUGAUAAGAAGCAUUAUGGUGGCUUUGAGAAUAAGCAACUGCAGAGUGGGCAAGAAUAUGUCUUCUUUGUUUUGGCUGUAAUGGAGCACUCAGAAUCUACCAUGUAUGCAACCAGCCCUUAUUCUGAUCCUGUUGUGUCAAUGGAUCUUGAUCCCCAACCAAUUACAGAUGAGGAAGAAGGCUUGAUCUGGGUUGUUGGUCCAGUUCUUGCUGUAGUGUUUAUCAUCUGCAUUGUAAUUGCUAUACUUCUUUAUAAAAGCAGUAAACCUGACAGGAAGAGGGCUGAAUCCGACUCUAGAAAGAGCAGCAUACCCAACAGCAAGGAGAUCCCCUCUCACCAUCCCACAGACCCAGUGGAACUGAGACGCCUAAAUUUUCAAACUCCAGCUUUGAGCAGUAAUUCAGUCCCCUACGCCUCCCUGAUUGGCUCUGUGUCCUCCCUCUCUAGCCAAACUACCACUCAGUCCUUAUAUGAUAAUAACUCUCUCCCACGAUUCGCUCGAAAAGGUAUGGCCAGUCAUCCCCCAAUACCUAUCUUGGAACUUGCAGAUCACAUUGAAAGAUUGAAAGCAAAUGACAAUUUGAAAUUCUCUCAGGAGUAUGAGUCUAUUGAUCCUGGUCAACAGUUCACGUGGGAACACUCUAACCUGGAAAUAAACAAACCAAAGAAUAGAUACGCGAAUGUAAUUGCAUAUGACCAUUCUCGUGUUCUACUCUCAGCAAUAGAAGGCAUACCAGGCAGUGACUAUAUCAAUGCCAACUACAUAGAUGGAUAUAGAAAGCAGAAUGCUUAUAUAGCAACACAAGGGGCUUUGCCAGAAACCUUUGGUGACUUCUGGAGAAUGAUGUGGGAGCAACGAGGUGCUACUGUAGUCAUGAUGACAAAACUGGAGGAGAGAUCCAGGGUGAAGUGUGAUCAAUACUGGCCAAGCAGAGGCACAGAGACAUACGGACUAAUCCAAGUGACCCUUUUAGACACAGUUGAAUUGGCAACAUACUGUGUUCGUACAUUUGCACUUUACAAGAAUGGUUCAAGUGAGAAAAGGGAAGUUAGGCAAUUCCAGUUCACUGCCUGGCCUGACCAUGGUGUCCCAGAACACCCAACACCAUUCUUAGCUUUCUUGCGACGGGUCAAGACCUGCAACCCACCUGAUGCUGGACCUAUGGUUGUACAUUGCAGUGCUGGAGUCGGCAGGACUGGCUGUUUCAUUGUGAUAGAUGCAAUGUUAGAGAGAAUAAAGCAUGAAAAGACUGUAGAUAUUUAUGGCCACGUAACUCUAAUGAGAGCACAGAGGAAUUACAUGGUUCAAACUGAGGACCAAUACAUCUUUAUCCAUGAUGCACUGCUGGAAGCAGUGACAUGUGGAAAUACCGAAGUGCCAGCCAGAAACCUGUAUGCAUAUAUCCAGAAGCUGACACAGAUAGAAACUGGAGAGAAUGUCACAGGAAUGGAACUGGAAUUUAAGCGUCUUGCUAGCUCUAAGGCUCACACUUCAAGAUUCAUCAGUGCCAAUCUUCCAUGUAAUAAAUUCAAAAAUCGCCUUGUCAAUAUUAUGCCAUAUGAGUCUACAAGGAUAUGUCUGCAGCCAAUCCGAGGAGUUGAAGGCUCUGACUAUAUCAAUGCUAGCUUCAUUGAUGGAUACAGACAACAAAAAGCAUAUAUAGCUACACAAGGUCCUUUAGCAGAAACAACUGAAGACUUCUGGAGAAUGCUCUGGGAGCAUAAUUCUACAAUUGUGGUCAUGCUCACUAAGCUACGAGAAAUGGGCAGAGAAAAAUGCCACCAAUACUGGCCUGCGGAACGCUCAGCCAGAUAUCAGUAUUUUGUGGUAGAUCCAAUGGCAGAGUACAACAUGCCACAGUAUAUUCUGAGAGAAUUCAAGGUUACAGAUGCAAGGGAUGGCCAGUCCCGAACAGUGAGGCAGUUCCAGUUUACCGACUGGCCAGAACAAGGAGUGCCAAAGUCUGGAGAAGGAUUUAUUGACUUUAUAGGUCAAGUGCAUAAAACAAAAGAGCAGUUUGGUCAGGAUGGACCAAUUUCUGUUCAUUGCAGUGCGGGUGUUGGAAGAACUGGAGUUUUCAUAACCCUGAGUAUUGUGUUAGAAAGAAUGAGAUAUGAAGGUGUUGUAGAUAUCUUCCAGACUGUCAAAAUGUUAAGGACGCAGCGGCCAGCCAUGGUACAGACAGAGGAUCAGUAUCAGUUCUGCUAUCGAGCCGCACUGGAAUAUCUGGGCAGCUUUGAUCACUAUGCAACAUAAAAACCCAUCAUGGAUUUUUAUUGCAGGCCCUUUAAGAUCCAGAGAGCCGCUUCUGAGCCAUAUGAUGUGCUUUAGAAGUACUUCUUAACUCUUAGCUAAGGAGCAAUUAUUGGGGAUAUAUAAAAUAUUUAAAAAAAAAAAAAAAAAAAAGAACAGACACAAUGGGGAUACAUGAAACAAAAACAUCAAAAAUCCCAACUGUUCCAUGUGGACCAAGAAUUCACAGUUUAAUAACCUAACCAUAAUACAAGAAUCUUGACCACUGAGGCGUCUGAAGAAUCUCAUUUACAGAUACCUCAAGGGUUCGACAUUGGAUGAAGUUAACGGGAAGAGGAAAUUAACCGGAAAGAGUGAUCAUCUCUUUCAGGAUUGCAAACAGGAAUUUUGAGAGAACUGCAGUUCAGUGCAGGAUGUUUGUUAAAAGGUUGGGUCCUGGCUUCGCAAACAAAGCGGACUCUUUACUUCAGCAUCACCCCUUCCUCUCAUACUGCUCAUCAUAACACUUUAGGGAAAUGUGGGAAUGUUUAAAAAGAAAGUCCUUGAUUUAGUUUUUUAGUAUUGUAAAGAUACUGCUGACCUGUGCUUCAUUUUUAACUGUGUAAACUUUUUCCUUUUUUUAACAAGAGUUUAUCAAUGAAGUGAAUUAAAGAAAAGAUUGCAUAACUGUUAAUCUUUUUCUUUAAAAACUGUAGAUUUUUUUAAGCUUUUAUCUGUAAUAUUGUGCUGUAGAAAUGUUAAAUAAUUUGAAAAUGUGCACAUUUUUGUGCAGUCCUAUCUUUACCUACAGUACUACAAUCUUGUUAGACAUUGCUUUUACAGUUUUGUUUGGUUUAUUUUUCUUUUAAGAAAAUACUCUCUGUAAUCAAUUAAGUUAAAGUGGGGCUUUUAGGUUUCUUUUGGAAUCAACAGGGAGGCGCAAAGUAUAAAGAUGCUGCUAACACACACACACACACACAUACACACAUAUAAACGUGCACACCCACACCCUCUCUCUUUCUCUCUCUCUAUAUAUAUGUAUGUAUUACUGUCUACACUUGUCUAAUUCCUGUACAGUUACAGAGAUACGGAUAGGUAGAUACUCACACGCAUACACACUAUCAUGCAAAUUCCUCCAUACCUAGAUUUAUGAAAGCAUUGGGAAAAUUUUUCAGCAUACUACAAUUGUAUUAAAUUCCUAUUUGAUCUUUGCAUUUCUAUGGUCCAUAAACUUCUGUUUCAAAGGGAAGUGACGAAUGCACAUCAUUGAUAUUUGAUCAUCUCUAUCCCUAAUAGUAUUUCUGUCCACACUGGCACUUGCACAUACACACACACACACACACACACACACACGAACACACAUGCACACACGCACACAGAGUAUGUGAUUUAGGCUUCCAGUGAAGUUCAAUAUUUGUAACACUAUAGUGCAAUAAGAAAUCAUAUUAUUAAAUGUAAGAGGUGUGCAUGUGGGAAAGGUCAGUGCAUAUCCCUUUAGGAUGGGAGAAUGUUGUAAUAUACUAGGUAUUAAGAUGUUUUAAAAUUGUAUUCAACAGUAUACUGUCUAUAGUGUGCGCUAUAUAAUUUACAUUUAUUGUAUGUAACAGGGCAAAGCCAAACACACAUUGCUCUGUGAAAUCAAACGUUCUGUGGCAUACAGCAUUGUUUGGGGAUGCUGUGUUUUAUUUUGAUUUUACAUUUAGAGUGCCUUAUAUUUGAUGCCUAUUUUGAAUAGCAUUUCUUUCAGUUAGCCUUCAUUUGUGUUUAGUUCAGUUCAUAUCUCUGUUAUUCUUUUCAAACAUUUUACUAAAUGUAUCAGACAAUUUUGAAAAAUAUGCAUUUCCAGUUUCUAAUCAAAUAUGAAUAGUAAUAAAUGAUCACCCAAAACACUUAGCUAGUCAAGGCCCUUUAUCUUUCUAUUUCCAAUAACAGACCAGUCCACAAAUGAAAAAUCUAUGUCUCGUUGGCUUUUCAAUCCCACUGUGUCACUGGUUAUAGUGUUAUCAUGCCAGAGAUGUAGUAGUACACUAGGAGUAAUUAACAUUUGCAGUGCUUAUACAUUUAUUUAUUUUUUCUUUUGGGACACAUCCUGAUGACUCACUUCCAUCAACAGAUUGCCAAAGUCAAACCAUUGCUCCCAAUGGAGAAGGAUUCAUAUAAGAUUAACAGGAAAGCCCUGAAAUAUUUGAGAAUGACACUAGCUUAUCUUCCAGGGAGCAAAGAAAAUUCUGUAAACAGCACAAAGUAGUUUUUGAGACUUAUGCCAUUGUCACUGCAUGAGUAUCAAAAAAAUUGUUUCUUUGGGGUUUCACAUAGGAGCAUUGGUGUGGCUUGUCAAUAUGGCCUCAAAGUUGUUUUUUUUCUUUCGCUAUUCUCACUUCUAACAAAAAGGAAAAUAUGAAAGACCAAACUCUAGCAAGCAUUGUAUUUGAGCAUUUUUGUAAAGAAAAAAAAUCAAAACAAAAAUAUAUAUGUAUAUAAAUACACAUAUAUAUGUGUAUAUAUAUACAGAUAUAUGUGUGUGUGUAUAUAUAUAUAUAUAUAUGUGUGAAAUAGAAGUAUAAUAGAAGGCUACCUCAGAAUGAGAUUCUAUAGCUUAACAUCUGAAUCACAGAAGACUCAAUGUGCACUGUUUCUUUUUCAUCUUUCUUCUUGAUUUGUAUUUUUUAAAAAUUAUUAACAGGUUAUGUGGUGUAGUAGUGUUCUUCAGCUCAGAAUAGGGAAUAAGAAAAUUGCACACUGGAUCUGUAAAAGGAUCAGAGCUCCAAAGAAAAUGAGGGAAUGAAUAAACAAACAAAAAAAAGGUAGAGCAAAUUUGGGAGGAAAACUGUUGUACAGCUAAAUAUUCCUUCUAGUUUUUAUGUUUCUUAAGACAACUGUUAUCAUCAUUGAUGUGCAUUCCACUUUCUGUAUUCUUAUAUAUAUUCAUUAUGCAGGCAAUUUAAUGUUGUGAGCAUCUUUGUCUACAUACAUCAUGCAUUUCCAAGCUUAAAAUUGGUUUCAUCAGCACAACCAGUACGGUGCUAUUAUUUACAUUUAUAUCUGUGGUUAUGUCUGAUUUUGUAAUUAGUUGCAGUGGGGGAAAAACACCAUGAAAUAUAUAAAAAUUAUUUAUACAGAAGUUUAAUUUAGCUCUUUUUAAAAAAAAUUCUUUGAAUGGUUAGAUAGUGGAGAGGAUGGUUGGGGGAAGGAGUGGCCCUCUAGGGAGAUUUGCACUUUCUAUAUAUACCUUUGUACUAUGCACUGCCCUAUUGAUUCUACACCCAAUAACGUUAUAACUUCAACCCAUCUGUGAGAAACUGCUUAUAAAAUCCACUUGUGCAUAUUUAAAUGACACAGAACAUGUAAAAAGGAAAAAAAAAAGUGUUUGCAAUGGCUAAAAGAAAAUGCAACUGCUUUUUCUGCUUUUAUUCUCUCCUGAGUUGUUUUGUUUUGUUUUUAUAUAUUAUUUUGUUUGGUUUUGUUUGUUUGUUUGUCUGUUUGUUUGGUUUUUUUUCUUGAUGCCCUGAUACUCCAUAGAUAUCAGAAGGCAGCAGGUCUCAUCAUAACCAUCCAUUAAGUGGCUUUGCCAUUCAAGCUUGGAGUGUCUUUACAAAGAUAAUAAUUAAAAAAAUGUGUUCUUUGCUCUUGUUUUUGGAUGCAUAGACUGAAAAGUUUAAAAAUUACCUUGUAAAAUGGCUUGUUAAAAAAGAUACAAUUACCUCUAAUUAGUAGUGCGCGUAAAUGUUUUACAGAAUGAAAGGCGUGCUUUUUAUUUUCUUAUUUCGUUACAUUGGUGGCGAAAGAAAGUCUGUAUGAAAAUCAGUUCUUUGCUGACACAAGUUCCAUUUGUUACAAAUGAAUUCUAAUAAAAUGUCAGUGUUAUGCAGCCCUGGUCUUCUUUCUUAAGCAGUACUUUUGAAAUCAAGACUUCUUUGGUCCCUCUUUGUGAUAAAGGAGUUUAACUACAAAGGAGUCAUUCAUCUAGCAGCUGGACAUUGGAAAGUGCAUUCUUAGGUUGGCAAAUAUAUGUUGUCUUUACCAGCAAAUUUUGAGCCAGCAUAGGCAAACUCUUUGGCAUAAAUUCCAUUGCUUCAUUAAUUUAACUGGAAUUAUUGCACUUUACAUGCCUCUGGAGUUCCCCUUUUUGCUUAAGAAAUUCAUCAUUACAUCUAAAAAACAGACUUCUGUCCAUUUGUGGGUAAAACCCAAAGAGGCCAAAACAUCCACAUAUUUGGGGUGAAUUGUUAGGUUUUGAGUCCUGCAGACGUGACAAAUUCUGGAGUAAAUCCAAAGUCACUGGUGAGAAUUCAGUUACUGAAAUAGUGGCAAGCAGUCAUGACAGAUUUUUGACUCAUUUCUGCUGUGUGCUGCAUGUGCAGCAGGUGCAAACUUGGAUUUGUGAAGCUGCUAACCAAAUACUGUACAAGUGUUUUCAUACACUUUGAAAAGAUUUUGGAUCAACAUACCAAAUGUAUUGAAGUAAGCUACAAGGGGCAUGGCAUUGCAAUCAAGUCUAGGAAAACAUAAAAUAGACUUACUCUAUUUACUUGCUGUGAAAGAGGGCAGGUUCUGUCUCCAAGAUUGCUUUGUUAGUAAGGAAAUGCAAUCUUUAGCAAUCAGUAUUAAGUACAUGUUAAUAAAGAAUUCUCUGUGCUGAAAGGAUGUGCAAAGACAUUAAUAUUAGAAUGAUAUUUAAGAACUUGUAUUGUUCUUAGUCUAAUUUCCACAUUAAGGUGGUGAUAAUAGAGUAAAUGUGAAGCCUUGGUAUUCUUACAGAGACUUAUUAACGUUUUCUUCCACUUACUUAUGUGGAUUUUACAAUUACUGCUUUGCAGACUGCCUUUGGCUUGACCUUGUUUUGUGUAGUCUGUGCAAGGUGGUUUAAAGUUGUGUUAUGUAAGGGUUUCUCAACCUACCUGAGUGGCUUUAGAUAAUGCCCUUUCAAUGUCAGCAUUGACUUCUCUGAUUUUCCUUGUUCUGUGCAUCUAGCAUGGGCCAAAAUAAAGUGUGAAAAUGAAUA